UCUUGUUCCCAGGGGCAGUUGGCGGAAGAGAUCGCGCUCGGUGGCCGCCGGUUCGCCUUCUGCCGGGAGUUCUCGCGCCCGCGUCUCGGCGUCUGCUUUCGAUCUAGGGUCCUUUUGUCGGCGUUCCCGUUGCCCUCCCUCAUCCAGCUGGGGGACAGCGAAGCGGCCCCCUGUCCUGACGGCGUUCCAUGGAGUAGGGUCCCGGACCGUUGUCCCGAAGAGCGAGAUCGAGCUUGGCCCCCUCCCCCUCCCUUCUCCCUCCCUCCUUCCUUCCGCCGCAACAUGGCUAACAACAGCCCCGCGCUGACAGGCAACUCGCAGCCGCAGCACCAGGCGGCCGCGGCCGCGGCCCAGCAGCAGCAGCAGUGCGGCGGUGGCGGCGGUGGCGCCACCAAGCCGGCGGUCUCGGGCAAACAGGGAAAUGUGCUACCGCUGUGGGGCAACGAGAAGACUAUGAACCUCAACCCCAUGAUCUUGACCAAUAUCCUGUCGUCGCCUUACUUCAAAGUGCAGCUCUACGAGCUCAAGACCUACCACGAGGUGGUGGACGAGAUCUACUUUAAGGUCACGCAUGUUGAACCAUGGGAGAAAGGAAGCAGGAAAACAGCAGGCCAAACGGGGAUGUGCGGAGGGGUUCGAGGUGUUGGAACAGGAGGAAUUGUUUCUACAGCUUUCUGCUUGUUAUACAAAUUAUUUACUCUGAAGCUAACUCGUAAGCAAGUGAUGGGUCUCAUAACACACACAGACUCUCCAUAUAUUAGAGCCCUUGGAUUUAUGUAUAUAAGGUACACACAGCCCCCUACAGAUCUCUGGGACUGGUUUGAAUCCUUCCUUGAUGAUGAAGAGGACCUAGAUGUGAAGGCUGGUGGAGGCUGUGUAAUGACCAUUGGAGAAAUGCUACGGUCUUUUCUCACAAAACUGGAGUGGUUUUCUACCCUGUUUCCAAGAAUUCCAGUUCCAGUUCAGAAGAAUAUUGAUCAACAGAUCAAAACCCGGCCUAGAAAAAUCAAGAAAGAUGGGAAGGAAGGUGCUGAGGAAAUAGACAGACAUGUUGAACGCAGGCGUUCAAGGUCUCCAAGGAGAUCACUGAGUCCACGGAGGUCCCCAAGAAGAUCAAGAAGUAGAAGCCAUCACCGGGAGGGCCAUGGGUCUUCUAGUUUUGAUCGAGAAUUAGAAAGAGAGAAAGAACGCCAGCGACUAGAGCGCGAAGCCAAAGAAAGGGAGAAAGAAAGGCGAAGAUCCCGAAGUAUUGAUCGGGGGUUGGAACGCAGGCGGAGUAGCAGGAGUAGGGAAAGGCAUAGAAGUCGUAGUCGUAGUCGGGAUAGGAAAGGGGAUCGAAGGGACAGAGAUAGGGAAAGAGAGAAAGAAAAUGAGAGAGGUAGAAGACGGGAUCGUGACUAUGAUAAGGAAAGAGGUAAUGACCGAGAAAAGGAGCGAGAGCGAUCAAGAGAACGGUCCAAGGAACGGAGAAGUAGGGGUGAGGUAGAAGAAAAGAAACACAAAGAAGAUAAAGAUGAUAGGCGGCAUAGAGAUGACAAAAAAGAUUCCAAGAAGGAGAAAAAACACAGUAGGAGUAGAAGCAGAGAAAGGAAGCACAGAAGUAGGAGUAGAAGUAGAAAUGCAGGGAAACGAAGCAGAAGUAGGAGCAAAGAGAAAUCAAGUAAACAUAAAAAUGAAAGUAAAGAAAAAUCAAAUAAACGAAGUAGAAGUGGCAGUCAAGGAAGAACUGACAGUGUGGAAAAAUCAAGAAAACGGGAACAUAGCCCCAGCAAAGAAAAAUCUAGAAAGCGUAGCAGAAGCAAAGAACGUUCCCACAAACGAGAUCACAGUGAUAGUAAGGACCAGUCUGACAAACAUGAUCGUCGAAGGAGCCAAAGUAUAGAACCAGAGAGCCAAGAGAAACAACAUAAAAACAAAGAUGAGACUGUGUGAAAUUUUUUUUGUAAAAGUGGAUCACAUUGAAUCCUAUAAAUGUUUGAUUAAAUCUGCUUUCUUUUUUCCUCCCAAGUUGAAAUUGUGCAGUAGUUAACGCACUCUUCAAGCUCCCUGUAGGCUGCAUUUUCAUUUCCUCUUUUGUGUAGGGAAGUGCCUUUGUAAUCCCAUUUAUUGCAUUGAUGUUUUCACCCAGUUCUUGAGUUUGAUACAUGAUGCACAGAUUGUUCUUGCAUUUUUAUUGUUUAAUUGUUUUUGAGAUGUACAGUCUGUACAUAUGUCCUGAAAAUGUUUUAAUUCCUUUGGCAUGGUUGCCAUGUUGGUUAAAUUUGUAUAAGGCAAUAAACUGCCACUAAUUCUAUUUUUGUUUUGUAGGUGUGGGAUUAUGGUUUGUGUACUGAAGUUAGCAUGGCUGUGCUUUUCAUAAUAGAAUGCUAAAGACUUUGAGAAUGGAUCUUGGAUGUCUACUAUAGGAGAAUUUUGUGCUUUCGGUGUACAUGAAGGCGGCAGUUGUAGGAUUAACAUUCUUGUCCACUGUAUAUUAUCUUGGAAGGCUCUUGUUAAUAUGUUACACUUAAUAUUCUCCACAGUUAACUUUAGAGAGAUUAAUGACAAGUUAGUUUCUGAUGCAGAGGUUUCAAUUAGGCUGUGAUUUGAUCAAAAGUCCUUUUAGCAUUCUACCUCAAAGGGACACUGUUAGUAUGCCUAAAAUUUAUUCACGUAGUUUUUCUUUUUUAUUUGGAAAAAUACAUGACAUGUAAUCUUUUUUCUUGAAUUUCUCAGAUUUUAAAGUACUAUAUUAAAGGAAAAAAUUAAUGUCUAAAGCCUAGCAUUCUUGCAGCAACCCUAUACUAAACGUGAAAUUGGGAGAGGGUGGGGCAGAUGAGUAGAGAAAUAGAUUCAAGCCUCAAGCUUCCAAAGCAUUUUUAUAAAUGGGAAAAAACUUAAAUUAUGAAACAGCUUGAUAUAGUGUCCUUUUUUUAAAAUUCAAAACUUUUUUUAUUGAUAAUGAAGAUGGCUGUUUGAGUUUUUAAACUUAAUCUAGAACAAAGAAAUAUUAAAAAGUAAUGCUGUGCUGCAUUAUUUAAGAUUAUCAGCAAAUUAUUUGAUAGAUUGUUCUUAUGACUUGUAUUCUGAUUACAGAGAACGAUCAUGAGUGUGGAAUAAAUACUGGAUUAAAUCCUUUAUUCUGGGUGUUGGCUUUUCCCCCAUUUGUCAACAUUUUUUUUAAAGUAUUUUUAUUGUGGAAAUUGAUAACAGUGUUAGAGUCACACUUUGUGUAGAGGGAUGGGUAUCUCAGUGCCCAGAUGACAAGUGAAUUUUAAACGUGUAGACUAGAAUUGGACAUAUGUGAUAGUCAAUAAUCCUUACUAGAGUUCUUAAUAUUGGCAGUUCCCUCUGUCAGUGAGUGUUCUGUGUGUCAUUAGGUGGUUCUUUUGAUUGGGAAAUGACUUAUUUUUCACAUCAAAGGUGCUUAUUGAGAUACUUUGCACUUACUUGGAUUACAUGUUAGAAUCAUUUAAAAUUUGGACUUGAAGUAAGUUUUAUAACUCCGUUUUUUAGAACAAGAAAUUUGAGGUGCAAGGUGAUGUGUUCAAUCAGUGCCAAGACAAGGAGUGUUCAGACAGUGUCUAGCAUAUUAACAUGUUUUAUCUCACUGUUUAUAUUGGCCAACUUGGUGGGCACUCGGCAGCCGCCUUGCAAAAGUGAUACAUGGGGCAAACAAGUACAUUUGGAAGAGUCCAUAUGUGGGCUUAACAUUUGUACCUACCUAACUCCAGAAAAAUCUCAUUAAAUGAAGGAAUUCCUCUCUGAAAAAAUGCUAUGCUUUUUUUUUUAAAUAAGUGGAAGAUUCAGUCAUCUCGCCUUUUAAUUGAGCAUCAAGUGAAUUGACACUAGACAUAGAAAAGUAUUUUCAAGUAAGGAAAGUAGAUUGAUCUUCUAUUGAAAAUAUUUUUAGCAUUCCUAAAUGAUGGUGCUACUCCUGAAUACAGUUCCACCUGAAAUGUUAAUUUAACUGUAUUUUAGGUAAAAUGUGGAAAAUUUAUUUUCAGUAGAGGUGAAAAUACUAUCAAGCUGUAUUUGAUUUAUGAUUUUUAAUGUUAAAUUUGCUCUGGAACAUUUCGAUAAGUAGUAGAACAUGUUAAUAAUACUAAUUGUUGCCAAAUGUAUGCAUUGUUUAAUUUGGAGAGUGACUUCCUGAAAGACUGGGAAGACAAGUGACUGCAAAACUCAGAAUUAUUUCUUACAACAUGAGCAAACUUGAAAAGCUUUUGAUAGUUGAAAAUAGCAACCUCCACCGAGUGUUUGUUCUCAGCUUACUGAAAUGACUUUACCUUUUCAUGUAUUAAUAUCUUUCAUCUGUUUUCUAAUGUUCCAUUUGCAAUUAAAUACUAUACAUGGGCCAGUA